CGCGGCGGGGCUGCCCCGGAGGUUCCUUCGGUGCUCCUCGCUCCGCUGAGAGGUAGGGACCUGGAGGAGGCGAAGGCGUCUGAGGCGGCCUUCUUUGCGCACCUCGACACCUACCCUUCGCAAGCGGUUGGCUAUAAAUCGUAGGGGACCGUCUUACCUCGGCAAAGCGUGCGUCUCCUGGAACCAGAGCUUCGAGUGAGGACCGUUCUGGGGAAAUAGGGGCGGUUUUACUUCUCCCUCAACAUUUUUCGUCAGAGACCACGAAAGAGGCCUCUCUGCAGGCGCCUUUAGUUUCCUCAGAUCAUAACCUUCCCAACUGCCCGCAGCGUCCAGUCUCCCCUCUCCAGCAAAAUGGUGCUGGCUAACUCAGAUGUCUGCGAGAUUAGUUGUGUUGUUAACUUGGCUUUCUGGUAAAUUCGUGGAUAGUAGACUCGAAAAGAUUUUUUUCUAAGCAUUUAGGUAUCAAUAUAUUCAUUUAAAAAACCCGACUUUGCUGCCAAUUCAUCAGUUCUUAGCUGUCCUUGAGAGACUGACAUGCCACAAUUCACACUUCCAUAUUUCUUAUUAAUCAUAAGUGAAAAUAUCUUUUUAAAGUCAGGGUACACUGAUUUAUUAUGUUAGCAACUGAUUAGCAUUUCUGUUAAAGUUUUGGAAGAAUAUUUAAAUAGCUUCUUCAGCAUCUAACUUUUUUUUAAUAAGAGAGAUAAAGUGAGCUCUAUUUCUAGAAUUUGAUCUGGAUUAGAACUCCUGUCUCUUUUGUCCAUCUUUGUGUCCAGAUUCUUCAUGGACGAAUAUACAGAGAAAAUGGCAGAAUUACUAGUGUCUUCUAAAUACCUAGCCAUUAAUCCCACUAGUCCAUCCCAUUUUCAUUCAAGAAAUAUAAGAAAUGCCGAAUAAAGACUAUUAGUUGCCCAGUUCCACGGAUAAAUUGGAAUGAAUCCAGGUACGGUGGAACAAAUCCAAAUACAAUAACUGGAAUGGAAGUUACUUACUUUAAACUAAAAUACUAGGUUUUCCCAAGAUCUCUUAAAGGAAAAAUCAAAUUUUAAAAGUUUUCCCAAGUAGACUUGCAAUGUAGUUUCACGGGAUUAUUCAUAGCUUUCAAUAACUUUCAGUAAGAGCUCUCCCCUUAAAUUGUUUAUCAGCGAGUCACCCUGUAUAUGAGAUCUUUCGUUUCUGAAAGGUAGUUUGGAAUCAGUUCCUACAGUGUUACUGGUUGCCAGCUGCUUGAAUGUACCCGGCAUCGGCAUGGUACAGAUCUCAGCAACACAAAUCUGGCCUUGGACAUUUCUUGUCUACUCUGUCAGCACAGUGGCAUGCAACCUGACUUUGAAUUAAGAAGACUUUCACAAGUAUCUUAGGACUGGACCAGAAGAAAGACUGUGUUCCAUCCACAAAACCCCACAGGCCCUGGGCGGACACCUGCGGCUCUUCAGACUUACAGAAAAACUUUACUUUCAUCCAAGUACAUAAUUGAAAUAUCUAGCACUUUUAAUGCCUCCAUCUGAGUGUUAUGGGAAAUAAAAAGAACAUUGGCCUUAGAUCCAAGUAGGUAUGAAGUGCACCCAUGAGAAAUGCCAGGAGCCUUCAUUUACUUCAGAAGAGCUCUGGGUUUAUUUGCCAUAUCAUAUAUUCUAAAUCUUCUCACUGAAGAAUAAAUGACAUUCAGAGGCCAGAAUGUGUUCUCUAUCAGCAAGACAGGACUCUCGUUUUUGUUUGCUUUUUGGAAUUUGGUCUCCUGUGAAACCCAGAAGAAUUCUACUAGGAAAGUUAGAGGGAAAGAAGUUAACCUAUGUCUACAUGUCCCAACUCUUCCCAGUGGGAUCUCAUUACCUCAAACUGUGGAUCACUCAGUGCUGGAAGAAAGUGUUUGGAAAUACGAAGAUUACUUUGCACCCUCAGAGAGACUUUCUUUGAAAAGAGAGUUGAGUUGGUAUAGAGGCCGAAGACCCAGAACUGCUUUUACUCAAAACCAGAUUGAAGUGUUAGAAAAUGUCUUUAGAGUAAACUGUUAUCCUGGCAUUGAUAUCAGAGAAGACUUAGCUCGAAAAUUGAACCUAGAGGAGGACAGAAUCCAGAUCUGGUUCCAAAAUCGGCGUGCAAAGCUGAAAAGGUCCCAUAGAGAAUCACAGUUUCUAAUGGCAAAAAAAAAUUUCAACACAGACCUCCUGGAAUAAAUAGAAAACUAAACAUGUGGAAUUAUCUUCCAGUUGCAGAACAUGAAGAAUUAAUGGAAAUAUCAAGUAUUGAAAAUGUUAUGUUUUCUGUGUUUAAUCUGAGUAUUGUCAUUUUUAUUGGAAAAUAUAUUGUAAAUAAUUCCUAUUAUAACAUGGCACCUGCUAUACUUGGGCACUGUUAGUUACAAUAAAGGCCUUUCCUCUAUAUUUUAAUAAACAUUUGCAGAAAAAGCCAGUUAUUUUUGGUGAGCAAAUUUAAUCAAAUAAAUUAGUUUAUUAAAAUCAGUAAACUCAUAGCUAAUUGACUCUACAACUGGAUUCCAUUUACAAAAUAAUUCAAGUCAAAUAGUCUGAAGAAUGGCACAAAGAUGUGAUUUGUUUCAAUAAAUUCCCUUCAACUGCA